GACCGGGGCCCGCCCCCGGCGCCCACCAUGUACGCCUUUGUGCGGUUCCUGGAGGACAACGUCUGCUACGCGCUGCCAGUGUCGUGCGUGCGCGACUUCAGCCCCCGCUCGCGGCUGGAUUUUGACAACCAGAAGGUGUACGCCGUGUACCGGGGCCCGGAGGAGCUGGGCGCCGGGCCCGAGAGCCCCCCGCGCGCCCCCCGCGACUGGGGCGCGCUUCUGCUCCACAAGGCCCAGAUCCUGGCGCUGGCAGAAGACAAAUCUGACCUUGAAAACAGUGUGAUGCAGAAGAAAAUAAAAAUCCCCAAACUUUCUCUCAAUCACGUAGAAGAAGAUGGCGAGGUUAAAGAUUAUGGGGAAGAAGAUUUACAGCUUAGACACAUCAAGAGACCCGAGGGGCGGAAGCCGAGCGAAGUGGCGCAUAAGAGCAUUGAGGCAGUGGUGGCCCGGCUGGAGAAGCAGAACGGCCUGAGCCUGGGCCACAGCACGUGUCCAGAGGAGGUCUUCGUGGAGGCCUCGCCGGGCACAGAGGACAUGGACAGUCUGGAGGACGCUGUCGUGCCCCGGGCUCUGUAUGAGGAGCUGCUGCGCAACUACCAGCAGCAGCAGGAGGAGAUGCGCCACCUCCAGCAGGAGCUGGAGCGGACUCGGAGGCAGCUGGUCCAGCAGGCCAAGAAGCUCAAGGAAUACGGGGCUCUCGUGUCUGAAAUGAAGGAGCUCCGUGACCUCAACCGGAGGCUCCAGGACGUGCUGCUCCUGAGGCUUGGCAGUGGUCCCGCCAUUGACUUGGAAAAAGUAAAGUCAGAAUGUCUCGAGCCCGAGCCGGAGUUACGGAGCACUUUCAGUGAGGAAGCAAAUACGUCGUCCUAUUACCCCGCUCCUGCACCUGUCAUGGACAAGUAUAUCCUAGACAAUGGCAAGGUCCAUCUGGGAAGCGGGAUUUGGGUUGAUGAGGAGAAAUGGCACCAGCUACAAGUAACCCAAGGAGAUUCCAAGUACACAAAGAACUUGGCAGUCAUGAUUUGGGGAACAGAUGUUCUGAAGAACAGAAGCGUCACAGGAGUUGCCACAAAAAAAAAGAAAGAUGCAGUCCCUAAGCCACCCCUCUCGCCUCACAAACUAAGCAUUGUCAGAGAGUGUUUGUACGACAGAAUAGCACAAGAAACUGUGGAUGAAACUGAAAUUGCACAGAGACUCUCCAAAGUCAACAAGUACAUCUGUGAAAAAAUCAUGGAUAUCAAUAAAUCCUGUAAAAAUGAAGAACGAAGGGAAGCAAAAUACAAUUUGCAAUAAACUUUGGAUUUUUCAUAAAGCCUUAUCGUUUUUCUUGCGUGGCUUGUGAUUUGCGGGCAAUGGUGCUGUCCAGUUGAGACCCCACCGUGUGUGGUGGCAUGUGGGCAGGGAGCCAGCAGGUUUCCAGGGUCGUCGGCUUGCCCUGAACUUGGACUUCCCAUUCCAAAGAAGUCAAAUGGAUUUGCUGAGACUCAGGCAGCAACUUGGCACCAGUGUCAUUCUGGGGAUGGGGAAAGCACUGUCUUUUUUGGAAGGGGAUAAAGUGUCUCUGAGUUGCCUAUCACUUGACUGAGAAUUUGAACUAAUAUUUUUACCAUUCAAGGACUUCUAUCUCUGUUCCUCUAUUUUGUUCUAUAAUAAAGCUUCAUUAAUUCUUUGA